AUGACCCCGGGAUCCACACACGGCGAGUGCGGCGGCAAGGUUCCGCGCCGCUUUGCCUACAAUCAAGAUGCCGCGCGAGAGCGAGAGAUGCACUUGUACCUACCACUUUGGGGCUUCUCGGAAUCAGAAAAAUUCGCUCAGCAAUCGGUCGGCCGCCAUCCCAACGUUUCUCGUGACAACGUUCUGACAGUAUUCGCACAACUGGCAAGUCUGCGACUGGAUGCUUUGCGAGCACUCAUCUCCCUCUUUGACCGGACAACACAGCAUGUGGUGGCCGAGGCAACACCGAAUCUUGGUCUUCGAAGUCCGAAGAGCGGUCAAGAUGCGAAAUGUCUCUGGCGUGGGGUGCAACAACUUCCACGCGACAACAUUCCCAUGUGCAAUGAGGCGAUGACUGCUUUCACAAAGGAGAAGAAGGACGUCUUUUUGGUGUCUGAUUUGAAGGCCGAUUCCCGGUUCAAGUCUCAUAGCUCAGUAACGGGGCCACCGCAUCAUCGAUUCUAUGUCUCUGUGCCCAUCAAGUCUCCUGAUGAAUAUGUUAUAGGCUCCAUUGCGGUAUUGGAUGAUCAACCGCGCGACUCGUUGUCAGACAAGCAUCGUCAUUUUCUGCAAGAGCUCAGUGAGACGGUCAUGGACCACUUGUUAUCGCUAAGAGCAAUGCGGGAAGAAUUCCGGGAGGAGAAAAUGGUCCGCGCCCUCGGACUAUUCGUGCAAGGCAAGUCCGACCUUUCAGAGGGAAUCGAUAGCCGGCAUGGGACAGAAAACACCUUCGACCAACUCCACUCAAAAUUGGAGCAACUCAAGCUGUCGGGUGGGAAGAAGGCCUCCGAUGAGCACAACCACGAGGAGAGGGGGCGGGCAUCCGAAACACCUGAAGAUAGCGCGACGGACAGGGAAUCUGCGAAACCGGAACCAACCAGAAGCCGGUCACCAGUUCGUCAGUUCAAAACGGAAGAGCAAAGCAAAGGAGAGAACGCCGGCGAAAAGCGUGAAAAUGCCCAACGGCCGUCUUUGUCCCCAACAACGAGUCAUUUGCAAAAGUCACUCGCCCCAUCGAAUGUGCAGGCAGUUCUGAAUAGAGCAUCCUGUCUCAUGAACCAGGCAUUGGACGUGGAGGGCGCUAUGUUCAUAGACGCGACGGUAUAUGCCCGACGCCAGAUGAUAGGCUCUGACAAUGACAAGAAUAACAACGACGAAAGCCCAGACGCGAUCUUAUCCCACCUCGAGUCCGACGAUCCGGAAUUGACAAUGGAUGACUUCCACGGCCCCAAAAGCUUGGUUCUCGGCUAUGCCACGUCCGACCACUCCAGCAUGCAAAAUGACCGGGCGAGCCACUACGUGUCUCUCCCGGGUGCCUUUGUCUCCUACCUGAUAGACAAAUACCCAAGAGGAAAGAUUUUCCACAUCGAAAAGAACGGGUCUGUCGCAUUAAGUUAUGAAGGCCUCGCGGAUGAAGUGACACAGCAUCACAGAAACACAAAGAGUGUGGAGGAGGAGCAACCAAAGGAGAAGAAUCUUCGAGAGGAGACUUUGGAGAUUCGCCAGCUCCACAAAAUUUUAACUGACGCUCGUUGCAUCGCCAUCUACCCGGUAUGGGAUUUCCAACGCAGCCGUUGGUUCACUGUGAACCUUGUGUGGUCCAACGACCCAGGACGUGUCCUCUCCGAGCCAAAGGAUUUGACUUACAUGGCCGCGUUCAGCAAUAGCGUGAUGGCUGAAAUUUCAAGAAUGGACAUCGAGGCCGCAGAUCGGGCGAAAAGCGACUUCAUUUCCUCCAUAUCGCAUGAGCUUCGAUCGCCUCUUCACGGUGUUCUCGGCACGGUGGAGCUGCUCCAAGAGACGGCAACCACAUACACUCAGCGAGGUCUGGUCGAAACUGUUUACAGCUGUGGUCGCACGCUAUUGGAUACGCUCAAUCAUCUGUUGGAUUACGCCAAAAUCAACACGAUGAUGGCGGGCCAGUCACCAGACCCGGACUCUGGAAGCUCAGAUUCGACCUUCGCGACCCCAGGUCUUGUGCAAGAGGAGGAUCUUAGUUCUUUGGUACAGGAGGUGGUGGAAGGUCUACUUGCCGGCGCCGAAUUUUAUAAUCGGGAAUCUAGCUCGACAGGGGAGUCCGGGACGAAAGUGAACAGAAAAUCUGCUAGCCUUACGCCGAUGGGCCAUCACGAUCGUCGCAUCAUGAUCAUCGUGGAUAUUGAGCGGCACGACAGCUGGCGCUACCCGGUGUACGCUGGAGCUUGGAGGCGUGUGGUGAUGAAUCUCUUUGGCAACGCUUUGAAGUAUACCCAAGCAGGAUACAUCAGGCUAUUCCUGAAGAAAAGUUCGAUGAAGUCCCGCGGCGAUAAGACAGUUCCCGCCAUCUGUCUCACAAUCAGCGACUCGGGUCGUGGCAUGUCGCAGGAUUUCCUACUUCAUCACCUUUACAUUCCGUUCCUUCAAGAGGAUACACAAGCCCCGGGCUUGGGUGUCGGGUUGCACUUGGUGCAUCAGAUCAUCAAAUCCUUGAAUGGGAAGAUUGAAUUCAGGAGUGAAGUGGGCAAGGGAACCGAAGUCGAAGUGGUCCUGCCGGUGUCAGACCUCAGACCUCCUCCGUCCUCUCCGACUCAAUUCGAUUACCUCCGUGAACGCCUCGAUGGAAUGACAGUUUCCCUGUUUACACAAAGUCUGUCUCGAGACGAGCUCUCAAUUCGCCCCGAUGUAUUUGGGGAGAUAAGAACGACUUUAAGCCGAAUGAUCAGUGAUUGGUUCGGGUUACGGGUGCUGAGCCCGGAGGAGCUCAAGCAGCGAGACGCAGACUUCCUCAUCGUCACCGAAAACGAGUAUCGAGCAUCGGCUCACGACUCUUCGAGUAACGACAUCAGUAGUCUGGUCAACUCAAAGCUCUCUUACCCAUUGAUCGUUCUGAGUGCACAAGCCAGCAGCUGGAAAGUGGUCAAGGAGAGGAAUCAGGAUCGCGCACUCUUCUUAUCACAGCCAGUGAGCCCCAAGACUUUAGCAACGGUUUUUGAGCACUGUCUGAACCAAGACGGCGCCCCAGAGGUCUCCACGGCACGCUCAGACAGCUAUUCCCCGCAGUCAUCUCGCGAAAACAGUACCACUACCGCUAAAUCCGACAGUGGGCCCAAAACAAGCGACGCUGCGCAAGCAGUGGCCAAUGUCAGUGAUGAAAAGGACGUAUCAGUGAAGAAAGUACUCCUUGUAGAGGACAACAAUGUCAAUCUAAAGAUCAUUGAGACAUGCGUUCGAAAUGCAGGACUAGCAUACGAAUCCGCCGUCAACGGACUGCAAGCGCUGGAAAAAUUCAAGACCGAACGAUUUGACGCCGUCGUGAUGGGUAUGCUCGAGAUUUCCAUACGGUCACAUCAAGAAUCAAAUUUCACUAACAGAAGAUUCAGAUAUCUCAAUGCCAAUCAUGGAUGGGCUCACAGCGACACGUGA